AUGGUUUUCCUUGUUUCAUUCUAUUGUUUGCAUUCUUUUUUUUUCCUUCUGUUUCCUUCUUUGUCUUUUAUUGAUUUUAUUCCACCUCUUUCUAUCGUUUUUUAUUCGUUCUUUUUAUUGUUUUCUUUCUUCGUUUUUUAUAGUUUUCAUUACUUUUUUGUUAUUGUUUGCAUUCCUUCUUUUUCUACUAUUUUCGUUCUUUCUUUCUUUAUUGUUGUCAUUCCUUCCUUCUUUGCUGCUAUCAUUCGUUUUUUUUUUUUUGUAGUUUUAUUCCUCAUCUUCUACGGUUUUCAUUUAUCUUUUUUUUUUAUUGUUUUCAUUCCUUUUUUUCUAUUGUUUUUAUCCCGUCUUUUUCAUUCUACUCAUUCAUUAUUUCUUUUUAUCGUUUCAUUUCUUCAUUAUCUACGAAUGUCAUUUCUUCUCUUUUAUUCUUUUCAUUCCUUCUUUCUAAUCUUUUAUUCUUUCGAUUUUAUUAACAACUAG